CAUGUGAUUAAAGACCCCAAGAUGGCGAUGCUGGCAGAACCUCGCAGAAAACAGAAGUGGUCCGUGGACCCGAGGAACAGUGCCUGGAGCAAAGAUGAGUCCAAGUUCGGUCAGAAGAUGCUGGAGAGAAUGGGCUGGUCCAAGGGAAAGGGCCUGGGCAAGAGUGAGCAGGGAGCCACAGAGCACAUCAAAGUGAAAGUGAAGAACAACAGCUUGGGUUUGGGCAAUACUGCUAACUAUGAGGACAACUGGAUCGCCCAUCAGGAUGAUUUCAACCAGCUUCUUGCAGAGCUGAACAACUGCCAUGGCCAGAGCGACCCCACAGCUGAGCAGAAGCAGAGCUUUAGUUUGGAAGAGAAGUCCAAAACCUCCAAAAAGAGAGUUCAUUACAUGAAAUUCACCAAAGGGAAGGACCUGUCCAACCGCAGCGAGACAGACCUGGCUUGCAUCUUUGGGAAGAGGACGAAGAAGUCGAAAGACCAAGAGGAGUCUGGCAGCAGUCAGGAGUCCCAGGAAGAGAGCGAGAAAGGUGAAGCAGAGGAAGUGACCCCUGACCCCGAAGCAGAAGCCGCCAUAAACACAGUCACCAGCACCCUCACCAUGCAAGAGUACUUUGCGCAGAGGAUGGCCCAGCUGAAGGGACGGCAAGCCUCCGCAGCCACAACCGAGACCCGGGAGGAUGCCCCAAACACCACCCUGGACGCCUGCGGCCACGCCCGGGACACCCUGGCACUGGGAAAAGCCAAGUCCAAGAAGAAGAAGAAGAAGAAGGAGAGGGAAGAGGAGGCGCAGAUGGAGGAGAGCGCUGAUCCCCACACAGACAAACCCGAGGCCCAGGAAGAGAGCAACACGGGCAGAAAGAAGAAGAAGAGGAAGCAUGCGGAUAGAGAGAUGGAGAGGGAGGACUGUGCCAUUUCCUGUGCUGUGGAGCUCUGCGGGAACCAGGAUCAGGUUCCAGAGGACGCUGUCAGCCAUGCACACAGGAAGAAGAAAGCCAAACGGUGCUCGGAGGAGGAAACACAAAACUCAGAUGCUGCAGCGGAAGAGGAGACUGCAGAUGCGGAGUCUAGUGAUAAAAAGAGGAGGAGGAAGAAGAAGAAGAACAGGGAAGAAGGGGAGCCUCUCGUUGAAGAGGAGAAAAAAUGCAAAAAAGACAAGAAAAAGAAGAGGAAACAUGAUUGAAUUUGUUCUGCCUGAAUGCUCCGGCUCCCCUUCCAAGAGACCCCAAGGAACCCUUACCUCACCUGUUUGUUUCCAAUUUGACAACUGAGAAUGCAAAUAAUCGAAGAUAAAUUUGCAAAAAUGUUUGUCUCAACCAAGGUGAUUUUACUCUAUGGAAAUGUUAAAAUCUCAGAAUGAAUUUUGUGCGAGAGACCGUUAUUUAUUACUAAUUCUCACCUUCAGAAGAACUUUGUGCCUCUUCUGGAAGAUAAUGUACUGUAAAGGAUUUGGGCUUAGAUUAAGUCCAACCACAGUGUGCUUUUUCCUCAACCUAGAGAAAAGAAAUUAUAAGCCUCAGUGAAAUAGGUUGUGUAAAAAAUCAAAAUAUAGCAAAACUCACUUAACUUCGUAAAAGUGACGGACAAAGCACAUUGUGAUUAGAUGGAAUCUGGACCUUGUAAUAAUGCUGUCAUAGUUAAAAUCUUAUCUUAAAUCUCCAUAUUUUUAAAUCAAGUGUUCUUAGUCUGGGAAAGGCUGUUAUAGAAUUGUCAAUAUGUCUUUCCUUGUGUAGUAUAUCCACCACCACACC